GUUCUAUGAAGAAUACCCUGAAGUUGAUUAAGUGUCUUCAGAAAAUAAAACUGCUAAAAAAAAAAAAAAAAAAUUAAAUGCACAAUAUGCCACCGGGAAGUGGAAAUGAAGAAAAGAACGAACAGUGGAGAUCCUUGGAUUUGUCGACAAGCAGCACAUGAGGGAAGGGCAAAACAAAUUUCUUCAAUCUCCAGUGCAUCAAAGGUCUCCUUCAGUAAGUGGAUCCAAUUCAUGUACAGGUUUUCACAGGUUCCACGGUUACGGCAGAUCGACAUGAUGGAUUACAGCAUUGCAGGCAGUUCAGCAACUCUUAGUAAAAUGACAAAGAAAAUAAGAGAAGUCUGUGUCACAGCAGUGGAAAAGAUGAGAAGGCGUACAGGUCAGCAGAUUGGUGGGAGAAGGGAGUUUGUUGUGAUAGAUGAAAGCCAUUUUCGGCACAAAAGAAAGUAUGGUAGAGGAAGAAUGGCUGGUGGGUGGAAAAGAAAGAAGUGGGUCUUUGGGAUGCUAGGUGUGACGCAUCAUCCACAGCGAAGAUCUGGAAAACCUAUUCUACGUCUUCUAGAGAGAAGAUCUAGAAGGCAUCUUGUCCCCUUGAUUGCCCAUCAUGUGAUACCUGGGUCAUCAAUUAUCAGUGACGAGUGGCGUGCAUAUCACAUACUCCCUGCACUAGGGUACAACCAUCACACUGUCAACCACAGCAGGUGGUAUGUAGAUCCCCACACUGGUGCCCAUACCCAGCAUAUUGAAAGGGCAUGGAGAGCCUACAAGGAGCAGAUCUGGAGGCUUAGGGGAAAUCAGACCGAGAGUUUGCUUUCUGACCACCUUGCAGUUAUUGAGUGGAAUGAAUGGCUAGGAAAGAAACACCAUGGUGGUGCAUUUGGCAGACUGAUUCAUGACAUUUCAAAAAAGUACAAGUAGUCAUUCAGUCACUAAAACCACUGUAAGAGCGCUGAGAUGGCAGGAAUUGAUGUCGUUCUAUGGGAAAGAUAAACUUAAUUUAUUUUGUCUUGAUAGUGUCAAAUGUAAAUGUCAUAUAUUGUAUAUUUGUAUAUUUGUUUUUCUAUCUUUGUGAAUUGUGAGUCUUCAGUUUGAAAUGUAGAAUUUGCAAAUUUGUUUUUGUGUUCAUUUUCUUGCUUAUUUUGUGCAUCUAGA